AGACAAGAAGCCUCUAAAGAGUGACCUUUUUAGGUUAUUCAAUAGUUCUGCUGCCCAGUACAUGCUCAUUGGUACUGCACUUGAUGUUCAAGUGGAUGACCUGCUACCUACUCCAAUGGCAGCCUCUGAUAAGCUCAUACUAGUGUUCCAGAGAUGGAUAGACUCCAAUAAAGGAGUGACUUGGAGGAAAGUACUUCAAAUUUGUGAAGAUUAUCCGGACAAAUUUGUAAAAGCAAAAGCUGAUCUUGAAAGUUUUCUUUCAUUUGAUAGAGCAUAUCACAAAUAUGAUUUACAUUUAAAAGAUGAUACAAGCGCUAAAGCUGAGGAAUUUGAUAAAGAAAAAAAUUGGCUGGAGGAAAGUGAAGUUAAGCUAAAAGUCACUGAUACCAUGCAUGAUGCUGGAGCUGAUAGUUCACAACACCUACUUAAUGAGCCACCACCUGAGAAAGCCACUGAUAGUACACAAGAAAUUGAAAGUACUGUUGCUACUGCUACUGAAACUGAUGAAAUUGAUACAGAAAGCACUGUUGCUACUGCUACUGUAACUAAUGAAAUUGAUACAGAAAGUAAAGAAAUAAGAUUUUCUUUCAUUAAUUGCUAA